UCCAGGGCUGAUCGAGGGGAGGGAAGGCGAAGAAAGAGCUGCUGCUUUAGGGCUGGAACAGGUGAGAAGUUGCUGCUGCUGGAAGGACAAAGCAGCACUUCCGCUUCUCUCCCAGCGAGAGAGACACGAGUGGCCAGGCCCAGCCGCACCGAGGAGGAGCAGCCAGACACAAAGGGAGAGGUUGGGGUGUGUGGUGGGGGGGUCACUAUGUCGGAUGACGAUUCGAGGGCCAGCACCAGCUCCUCCUCAUCUUCAUCCUCCAACCAACAGACAGAGAAGGAGGCAAGCACACCUAAGAAGAAGGAGAGCAAAGUCAGCAUGAGUAAAAACUCUAAGCUGCUAUCUACCAGUGCCAAGAGGAUUCAGAAGGAAUUGGCUGACAUCACCUUAGAUCCACCUCCCAACUGCAGGGACCCUGCACCUGCCUCUCCCAGUGAGCUAGGACUUCUGAGCGCUGGCCCCAAAGGUGACAACAUCUAUGAAUGGAGAUCAACCAUUCUAGGACCUCCAGGCUCAGUCUAUGAGGGAGGUGUUUUCUUCCUUGACAUCACGUUUACACCAGAAUAUCCUUUCAAGCCUCCAAAGGUAACGUUUCGGACAAGAAUCUAUCACUGUAAUAUUAACAGCCAAGGCGUCAUCUGCCUGGACAUUUUGAAAGACAACUGGAGUCCAGCAUUAACCAUUUCUAAAGUUCUCCUCUCCAUCUGCUCCCUUCUCACAGACUGCAACCCGGCUGACCCCCUGGUUGGAAGUAUUGCCACUCAGUAUAUGACUAACAGAGCAGAGCAUGACAGAAUGGCCAGACAAUGGACCAAAAGAUAUGCUACAUAAAUUGGAGUUUUGUCAAACUCUUGCAUUAUUUGUCUGUGAUGGAAAGAGCUGCUUAUGAUUUUGAAGGGGUGGGAGGAGGGAGGGUGCUGGUAAAGAGUAGGGUAUUUCUAUAACAGAUUUUAUUCAGUCUUUUAUUUCCUAAGAUUUUGUUGUUGUAACUUAAGGUAUCUUGCUACAGUAGACAGCUAGAAUUGGGAAUAGCAUAUUUUAAGACUGUAAUUAGUUCAGCAAUAUUAGCUCACAUAUAGUACCGAGAAGAAUGUAAACUUCUUAGACUUUUCUGGUUUUCAGUUUGCUUGCAAUAUGUAAAAGAUUAAAACAGCUUAAUUUUGUACAGGUACAUAUGUUGACAUUUAUGUAAAAGUUCUUUCAAGACUCUACACGCUGUUUUUGCUUUUUUGUUUUGUUUUUGGUUUGGGGGUUUUAUUUUGUUUUGGUUUGGGUUUUUUGUAAAAAGAUGUUGGGAUUGUUUUCCCCUAUGGAGGGCACAUUGGUAUUUAACAAAUCCUUUUUAAAGACUGUCAUCUCAUGAUCUGUGAUAUGGAGAAGUGGAUAUAUGGCCUCAUAUAUGAAAUGAGAAGUAGUUAAUGUAUUAUUUUAUAAGCCAGUCUAUCUUUGUGAAAAGAAUAAAGGUUUUAAUCAGGA